UUUAAAAAUCAGAUUUUUUAUUUCUUACCCAUUCUCUCUCCUCUCUUCUAAAAAUAAAAUCCUAAAGCCUACAACUUGCCGAACCAGCCGUCGCCGUGCCCACUCCAGCCACUGCUGCAGCCUGCCGCUCACCCCUCUUGCCGCCUGCCUCCCUGUCCGGCUGUCCCAUGAUAUCAACAUUUGAUGUUUUAAGGUGUAUCUAUGUUCCUUCGUCAAGUUACUCCUUUGGGCUCUAUCCUCUACCUUGCUCACCCAUCACCGCUCGAGAGCCACAAGCCUCAAGGGAUGUUCAAUGUUCGUUGUGCAGCAUACAUUUAGAUCUAAGAAGAUAUACCAAUCGUAGUCCCUGCAAAGUAAAAUGUUUGAAUGUUGAGGCUCUUGAGAAAUUCAAGCGUGAUAGCUCUUACGUUGAUGGGAAAGGGAGGUUCAGAAGGUUCAAUCACAAAAAGUUAUCUAGGAAACGAUGCGGAAGUUUAAGAGGACGUGGAUGGAAAUUUGGUUCUGGAUUUAUUGAUGGGAUUUUCCCGGUGCUUAGUCCAAUUGCUCAGAAAAUUAUCGAGCUUGUACAACAGGAUAUAGAUAGCAAUAGAAUAUGGAGCGUUCUUGACACCCUUCCUCAAACACAUACCACUUGGGACGAUGUUAUCAAUGCUGCUGUUCUGUUACGCUUGCGUAAAAAGUGGGAUGGAAUUGUGGUGCUAUGUCAAUGGAUGUUGUAUAGGAGCUCCUUCCAACCGGAUAUCUUGUGCUACAAUUUGUUGAUUGACGCUUUUGGACAUAAAUUACAGCAUAUGAAGGCAGAAGCAACAUAUCUGGAACUUCUGGAGGCUCGAUGUAUUCCUACGGAGGAUACUUAUGCACUGAUGUUGAGGGCUUACUGUGCAUCGGGAUUGUAUGCAAAAGCUGAGGCUAUUUUCUCCGAGAUGCGAAAAUAUGGCCUUUCCUCAAGUGCCACCGUAUACAAUGCGUAUAUUGAAGGAUUGAUAAAAGGACAAAACAGCGAUAAAGCUCUAGAGAUAUUUGAGAGGAUGAAACGAGAAUGUUGUGAACCAACUACUGAGACAUACACAAUGAUAAUCAAUUUAUAUGGAAAGGCAAAUAAGUCUUAUUUGUCCCUCAAGAUCUUCAAUGAAAUGACAACUCAGGGGUGCAAACCAAAUAUUUGCACAUACACUGCAUUAAUCAAUGCAUUUGCAAGGGCUGGACAAUGUGAAAAAGCAGAAGAAAUAUUUGAGCUGAUGCAAGAAGCUGGGCUUGAACCUGAUGUCUAUGCUUAUAAUGCUCUGAUGGAAGCUUACAGCCGUGCAGGGUACCCUUAUGGUGCUGCAGAAAUAUUUUCACUUAUGCAACACAUGGGUUGUGAGCCAGAUAGAGCUUCAUAUAACAUUAUGGUAGAUGCUUAUGGCAGAGCUGGUUUAAUUGAAGAAGCGGAAGAUGUAUUCAUGCAGCUGAAGCAACUCGGUUUGACUCCAACCAUGAAAUCCUUCAUGUUGUUACUCUCUGCCUACUCAAAAUCGGGGAACAUUGUCAAGUGUGAGGAAUUCUUAAAUGGGAUGAUCAACUCGGGUAUUAAACCUGACACUUACAUCAUGAAUAGUAUGCUGAAUUUGUAUGGUCGAUAUGGCCAAUUUGAGAAGAUGGAACAAGUUUUGGGUGUGAUGGAAGACGGACUACUAGCAGUUGAUAUCAGUACAUACAAUAUAAUAAUAAACAUGUAUGGACGAGCAGGAUAUUUGGAGAAAAUGGAGCAGCUGUUCCAUUCACUUGGGGAAAAAAAUAUGAAACCUGACGUGGUGACAUGGACAUCACGAAUAGGAGCCUACUCGAGGAAAAAACAAUACAAGGUAUGCAUAGAAAUAUUUGAGGAAAUGAUCGAUGCUGGUUGUUUCCCAGAUGGAGGAACUGCGAAAGUUUUGCUUUCGUCGUGUUCAAAUGAAGAUCAGAGAGAACAACUUACCACAAUUCUUAGAACAAUACAUAAGAAUGUAAAGUCUAUUUAAGUACUUGUGAAGGCAGAUAAUACAAAUGCCAUUUUGUAAUUCUAAAUAUAUAAUACGAAUGCAUUAUUAUAUUGUAUAAAUGAAAAAAAGUAGUAACAUAUUUA